AGGCAUUCCCCCUCCCUUUAUUCCUUUGAAGCAGUAGCUCUAUAAAAAUGCUACCUCCCCAUCUGGUUUUUUGCACAUUAUCAUAAAAUAAAAAAUAUUCCAAAAUACUAGAACAGGGAAUAACUAAAAGACUCACCAUGGCCUCGACAGAUCGAAUCAUAGACGAAAGCGAUCACGAUGAUAACGCCCAGGCCAUUGCCUCCAGAGCAUUGCGCAAAGUCGAUAUGCGACUUAUUCCUCUCUUGUUCAUUACAUAUAUGUUCAAUUUCAUGGAUAAAACCAUUCUAUCAAGCGCGUCCGUCUUCGGCCUCAUUGACGACACACACCUGGUCGGACAACAAUACAGCUGGGUAUCCAGCAUCUUCUACUUCGGUUAUUUCUUCUGGGAAGUUCCCACAAACUAUCUCAUCCCCCGACUCCCUGUCGCAAAAUACAUGGCAGCCAACACCCUCUUUUGGGGUGCUGUGGUCGCCCUAACCGCAGCCUGCGUCAACUACGGCGGCCUGCUUGCAGUCCGAUUCCUCCUAGGCAUCGCAGAAGCAACCAUCACCCCUGCGUUCAUGUUCAUCACGACAACAUGGUACACACGCGACGAGAUCCCCUUCCGAACCGGCAUCUGGUUCUCAGGCAACUCCAUCGGGGGUCUUGUCGCCAGUCUCCUAGCCUACGGCAUAGGACAUAUCGAGCACCCUCUACAUCCAUGGAUGUGGAUGUUCAUCAUCCUGGGCGUUGCCACCUUCCUAUGGGGAUUCGUACUACUCGCCUUUCUACCAGAUAGCAUAUCAAAAGCCACGUUCCUAACGCCCCAGGAACGCGAAUUCAUGGCCCAUCGUGCCGUGAUAGCCGGAACAGGACGCACCGAGAAAACAAACUGGAAAUGGGAGCAGGCAGUUGAAUGCAUCCAGGAUCCGAAAACAUGGCAUCUCUUCGCCAUCGCCAUUCUAACUCAGAUUCCGAAUGGGGGUACGCAGAACUUUGGAAACCUUGUCAUUAAAUCCUUCGGCUUUACGUCGCUUGAAUCCACCCUCAUUAAUAUCCCUUCGAGUGUAGUCAGCGCUUCCACAAUCACUAUUACAGGCUGGAUAGCCGGUCGCUAUAGACAGGUGAACUGCAUCUUGAUCGUCUGCAUUGUAACCUUAUCGAUUAUAGGAAGUGCUUUGAUCUAUGCCCGUGCUCAUCAUGUCCCUCUUGGUGCCCAGCUGUUCGGAUACUUUCUCCUCGCGACGGGGCCCGGUGCCUUGCCCCUGGCUAUGUCCCUCGUUCAGGCGAAUUACAGGGGUGUCACGAAAAAAAUGACGAUGACGGCCAUGAUAUUCGUGGCAUAUUGCGCGGGGAAUAUUGCAGGUCCGCAGUUGUUUCGGGCGAGUGAGGCGCCAACGUACCAGACUUCUUUUAAAGCUAUCUUGAUUUGUUAUAUCAUUUCUGGUGGUUUGGCUAUCUCGUUGAGGGUUUAUUUGCAGUUAAUUAAUAAGAGGAGGGAUCGUGAGGAGGGCGUGCAAGGAAAUGCGGGUUUGUCGGGGGCUGUUGGGGGGAAGGUGGUUGAGGAGCGUCGACGGGGUAACAAUGAGGUUUCGGAGCUGGUCAGGUCGGUUGAUUUGCGGCCAGAGGAUUAUGACGAUGUGACUGAUUGGAACACUGUGGGGUUUCGAUAUCGUCUGUAG